AUGCGUCAGCGGAAGUGCUGCAGUGGGCCGCUCCGUGUCUCUCUGCCGCUCCGAAGUUGUGCUGCAAGUUUACCUUUCAGGUUUGUCUCAUGAGCUCAGUUCAUUUAAGCAGUCAGAGAGCGAGAUGAGCGGACAGACGGUCCCCGCGGACUUCUCGGGACACAUGUUGGACCUGGACGAGGACGAAGACCUGGAGGUGUUCAGCAAGAACACAUCCCUGGCAGAUGGAGGUUCCAUGCCCAACUCUCCCAGCUCCAUGGUCAACCAGUACACACUACAGGAGGAGGAGGAGGAGGAGCAGGAUGCCAACACCAAAGACAUCUUCAUCACUGUGGAUAACCCAGAGAGCCAUGUCACUGCCAUCGAAACCUUCAUCAUGUACAGAGUGGUGACCAAGACCACGCGGGGUGAGUUUGACUCCAGUGAGUACGAGGUACGCCGGCGCUACCAAGACUUCCUGUGGCUCCGGAGCAGACUGGAAGAAAACCACCCGACACUCAUCGUCCACCCGCUGCCUGAGAAGUUUGUGAUGAAAGGUAUGGUGGAGCGCUUCAACGACGACUUCAUCGAGACCAGGAGGAGAGCCCUGCACCGCUUCCUCAACAAGAUCUCUGAGCAUCCCAUACUGUCCUUCAGCCAGCACUUCAAAGUCUUCCUCACUGCACAGGAGUUGCAGUCUCAUAAGAAACAGGGUCCAGGCUUCCUGAGCAGGAUGGGGGACACGGUGAGGGCGGUGGCCAACUCGGUACGAGGCCUGAGGAGCCGGCCGGAGGAGUUCACUCAGAUGCAGGAGUAUGUGGAGGACUUCAGUAACAAGAUCUGCUCUGUGGAUAAAGUCACCCAGAGGAUCAUCAAGGAACAGAGAGAGUAUGUGGAUGAGCUGAAGCAGUGCAGCCCCACCUACACCCAGUGGUCUGGGUCAGAGGAGGAGCUGGCGGAGCCUCUGAAGGGUGUGGCCGGCUGUGUGGAGCAGUGUAGUAAAGAAACAGAGGAGCAGAUCCACCAUCUGUCUGAGGUGCUUGUGCCCGCUCUGCACGAGUACGUCCUCUGUGCUGAGACCCUAAAGGCCGUGAUGAGACGGAGAGACAACAUCCAGGCCGAGUUCGAAGCCAAGAGCGAAGCCCUGGCAUCCAGGAAAGUGGAUCAAGAAGCACAGCUGCAGGAUGAGGUGGACGCUCUGGCGGAUCGUGUGGAGCAGGCCAACAACGCCUUGAAGGGAGACUGGUCCCGCUGGCAGACCAGCAUGAGAACUGACCUCAAAUCAGCCUUUCUAUCCACUGCUGAGAAGAACGUGUUGUACUACGAGAAGUGCCUGGCUGUGUGGGAGUCGUUCCUCCUGUCUCAGAGAGCGGAGCCCAGCAAGCAGAAAGACGGGGACGACGCCUCUUAGAGUGCGGAGAUGAUGGGAACGUCUUUACGGCUCACUCUCUGUCGUCUCUCCGACACAUCCAAAGAUAGACUUUGAACCAAUGUCCACUUAUGCAAACAUGCGUCAUGUACGAAACAAACAUGCUCUGCCUCUCUGUCUGUCUGUCUCUCUUUCUUUCUGUCUGGCCAAAGAAGUUAAUCCCAGUCCAGCAUUCCAGUGAUGAUGAUGAUGCGUCACUCAAACCAACACUGUGAUCCAAAAUAUCCAGGUUUGUUUACACUCCUCCGUGUGCAUUGCCAAAAGUUAAAGAAGAGUCCAGGCUCUUGUGUCUUCACUAUGCUGCUUUGUUAAGCAUCAUUUUUCAUAGAUACAGUUACUGUCGUCCAUGUAGACGAUAUGAGACCCUCAAAUAUUUCCCUCCAUUGUGGCCGGAGAACAGCUGCGUCCCAUUUCAGGGCACGCCUCAUUGGAGGGAUGCUGAUCCUUAACGUGGUGUCAUCAUAAGUUCUCUCCCCUCUCCGCACGGAAACCAAAACUAAUGAUGCAUUCAGGUGGCCCUCUUGAGUGGGAAUUUUCCAACUUUACCAUCAGAAAGUUGUACUUUACUGAGUGGUAAACUGUCAUGGAAGUUCCUCAGUACAGCAGUCUAAAAGUAGUGUGACAGAUUGUGUGCAUUCGAAACCAGAGAUGGAGGAAUCAUAGAAAUCAAGCUGUUUGCUGCCUUUUAAAAAUGCUACUGACUUACUGUAACCUCACCAGGACACCAAUAUGAAAUGGACUGUUAGCCCGACACUAAAGCUCCGUUUCCACCAACCACUUUUGCUAUGGUACCUUUUGAACCAAAACCCUUCAGACAUGGUGCCUAGACCCUCGGUCUGUUCAGACAGUCCUCUUAAAUGUGGGCGGGGUUGUUGUCACUCACUGCUCCGUCCAGCACUCGCUGUAUUUCCUCAUCAGCGGUGACACAGAUGGAAGUCUGCACCUGGUUUAUCGUCCACAGAACGAGGCUG